AUGGCUGCUCACCAACUAGAGUAUAGUUCAAACUACUACAACACGUAUUACAAUUAUGGGCAGAUUACCCAAGAUCAAUGUCAGACCGGUUAUUCCUAUUCACCAUCAGAUAUUCACUAUGGUAACAAUUCAGCAUUGUACGCACAUCAAGAAAAUAUGCAGACCCAAAUAAAGCUGAAACAAUCGGAGCAUCAUACGAUAGAGGAACCAGCGGCCCCAGCAACGUAUUCAAGGCUUAACGAAGCAUCAUCGGAAAGAUACCAUCCUUAUUGUGCGAAUACACAAUAUUACUCAAACCAAUACUACUACCAACAACAGCUCAACAAUUAUCAGGAUUAUUAUGCUUACCAGCGAGGAUAUUUGCCUCAUAAUGGGGACAAAUGUUCGCCAAAAUCUACCGAGUCUUUCGAUCCUUCUUCCUGCAACAAUACGACAAAUGGAUACGCUCAGAAUGUCACAUAUCAGCAAACAAGUGAUUUAACAACGAAACCCAGUAAGCUCAAAGGUCAAAUUGAAUACCCCUUUUACAAACAGUCUGAAACUUUACCAAAGACAAAAGUCAGCGAUGAUAAAGUGGUUCAGUCUAAUAAACGGAAAUCAAGCUGUAAAAUAGCAAAAGAAGACUCUCCUGCACUGCGAGCCUUGUUAACAAAUCCAGCUAAAAAAUUGAAGUAUACACCGGGUUACAGCUCAACAGAUGUUAUGGGUUUGAUGUCACCAAUAAGUGAUCGAAUGGUGCCAGAAAUAGUUCCGCCCUCGCCAAACAAGACCAACGAUAGUAUCGAUAGCAUUUUAGAAUGUGCCAACAACGGUUUCGAAACCAGCAUUCAAAAUGACGGCAUCAAUUAUUCGCUGAAUCAUUAUUCUAAUCCACCAACAACAUCCAGUUAUGAUGGUGUUAGCACUCCGCCAUUAUCGCCCAAGGAUUCCGAUAUUGCAGCGUCAUCUCCCUCUACCGACAAUGGAAUAUCAAAGGAAUCAACUAAACGCACACGUCAGUCUUAUUCACGAUAUCAAACAUUAGAAUUGGAGAAAGAAUUUCAAUUUAAUCGAUACCUGCAAAGGAGACGCCGUAUUGAAGUAGCUAAUGCUUUGAAGCUCACUGAACGUCAAAUUAAAAUCUGGUUUCAAAAUCGUCGUAUGAAGGCGAAAAAGGACCUAUCGAUUUCCAGUCCUGAUAUUACGUUCGAUGAAAGUCAUCAAACUACGUAUCAGCACCAUGAAGCUUCUCACCAAUUAGCUUACAAUCAAGCCCAUACCUUAUCACAAGGAAAUUUUAGCUGCUACGAUAUUAACUUAGCACAGAGUAAUAAUUUUCAAUCGUGA